AUGUUCAAACGUAUUUAUGCACCAAAAACAUAUCUCGGCGAUGAAAAGCGAUGUGUCGAACCGUUACCAAACAGUCUUUUUGGUUGGUUACCGGCUCUGUUACGAAUGCCACAGGAAGAUCUCAUUCGUACUUCUGGUUUUGACGCCUAUUUUUUCGCCCGUUACAUUUACGUGCAUGGCCUUUUCUUUCUGAGUUCUUUCGUACUAUUAGCCAUCAUUUUAUUUCCUAUUUACACUGUUGAUGGAAAAGGUGAAUCUUAUGGCAAGAAAGGUCUCGAUCUACUAACGUUUGGUAAUAUUUCGCCGCGUCAUUCUUCACGUUAUGUCGCUCCGUUAGUGCUGGCUUAUAUUUUCAUCGGAGCAUUCCUUUACCUCCUACACGCCGAGAUGAAAAAUUUUGUAGAAAAACGUCAAGCACUGCUAAGAAGUCCUGCCUAUCAAUCUCGCGCUAGUGCGACAACUAUUCUCGUGACUGGGAUACCGAAAGCUUAUAUGUCACAGGAUGUUCUCUUACGAAUCUUUAAUCAAUUUCCGGGGGAAGUACGACACAUCUGGCUCAAUCGAAAUCUUGAAGAUCUUCCUGACAAAGCGGACGAGCGCACGAAAUUCGUAGAAAAACUUGAGACAAUCGAAUGCAAAUUGAUCAAAGCUGCACUGAAAGAAGAGGCCAAACGCCAGAAAAAUGGUAAUACGAACGUGCGUUCAACAGAGAACGCUGAAGAUCUCGUCGACAGUUAUAUUCCGGAAAAGAAACGACCAACGAUGAAGAUUGGGCCUAUUCCAGUGCUUUCUUCUUUGUGUUUCGGCAAAAAGGUCGACACGAUUACCUACUGCAAAGAGACCAUCUCUCAACUCAACACUGACAUUGAAAGGGCGAAGUUGACUCCACAAAAUUAUGCCGUUCUAAAUUCGGCAUUUAUUCAAUUCAAUCAACAAAUAGCUGCUCACAUGGCAGUUCAAAGUGUUGCUGCCUCUGUACCUUUAGCAAUGACACCUCGUCACAUCGACGUGAAACCGGAAAAUAUCGUUUGGUCGAAUUUGAAGCUGACCUACUAUGAGAGGAAACUACGACAACUCGCCAUUUUUGCUGCAACGACUGCUCUCAUUGUUUUUUGGGCCAUCCCCGUUGCCUUCGUCGGAUUGCUGUCGAACUUGACGUACCUUACAGACAAGUUGACCUUUCUCCGAUUCAUUUACGAUUUGCCGACUACUAUUCUGGGCUUAAUUACCGGUCUCCUACCAACAGUUCUCUUGGCUGUUCUCAUGGCAUUGCUUCCUGUCGUGCUCACACUAUUUGCGAAAAUAUCUGGCAUUCCUACAACCGAUGCAAUCGAUCGUUAUGUGCAAGGAUCUUACUUUGUUUUUCAAGUCAUUCAUGCCUUUCUGGUCGUUACGAUUUCUAGUAGUGUUGCGAGUGUUGUUGUAGCUAUUAUCCAAAAUCCACCUAGCGCAGCAACAAUACUCGCGGCAAAUAUUCCUACCGCUAGCAACUUCUUUCUCAGUUUUCUAGCCUUGCAGGGUUUGAGCGUGGCUUCUGGGCUCUUGCUGCAAAUUGUUUCACUCAUAUUAUUUUAUCUUUUGGGAAAAGUAUUCGAUAACACGCCGCGAAAAAGAUGGAAACGUUACUUCACUCUUAGUAGUCUCAAUUGGGGUGAGGUUUUUCCUAUUUUCACUAACUUCGUUGUCAUCACUCUAGUGUAUUCUAUUAUUGCCCCUUUAAUGCUCCUCAUUUCUGGAUUAGCAUUCGGCUUGUUCUACGUUGCUUACCUUUACACGAUGUUUUACGUCUCAGAUUUUCCGAACGAUACUGGUGGUCUUGCGUUUUCAAGAGCAAUUUAUCAGUCGUUUACGGGCAUCUAUCUGAUGGAAAUUCUACUCGCGGGACUUUUCUUCCUCUCUCAGAAUGAAUCUGGAUCGCAGUCGGCUAUUCCUGAAGGUGUUUUAAUGUGUGUAUUAAUCGCUGUUACGAUCGGCGUUCAAUUCACGAUGACUUCAAGCUUUGAUCCUCUCACAUACUAUUUGCCUGUUGAUGCAGAAGAGUUCUCACGAAUGGAAAUGUCCAGCCUUAGUCAAACUGCCGUGCCAAAAACAGUAAUUAACGUUUUGAAUUCUUCAAGAGCGACGGAUAGUACUGAUGCUGUUAGCAAUAUCAAUGCCGCCGUCAAUGAACGAUACGACAAUACCAUGGAGAACGCGUAUCUUCAUCCGGUCAUGCGGGAUCCAAAACCAAUCAUCUGGAUUGCACAAGACAAUUUGGGUAUUGCGGUAAACGAAGUACGGCGUACUCGCGCUUCUGGAUUAGAUAUUUUGAUGUCGACCGAAGGAGCACGAUUCAAUGAAAAGAAGAACAUUGAAGUCGAUGGUCCACCUCCUGAUUAUGUGGAAAAGAUGACCAAAAUGUCGUUCUAG